ACUGACUCCCCGAUCGUCUUCACUGCCGAGGUCCUCAUGGGCAACCCAACAGCCUUCCAGAUGAGUGUCAAUGGCCAGCCUGUGCUUGGCGAUGGAGCAUCCAUUCCGUUCACAUUCUAUAAGGUGAACAGUUGCCUUGCUUUCCAUGCUAUUAGUACAUUAAUGAAACGUGCAGAAACAGGCUGCAGAUAAGAAUCUUUCUUGAGACAAUGCCAUACUGGUUUAUGUAAAUGUAUGAGCCAUUUGAAAGGUUAAUCAUGGAUCCUAAUUUUUUUUUCUUUUGCAGUUUUUUCCUGUUCUUCUUUAUAUUUGCCACUGACUGUUUUCUCUGAUGUAAAAAAAGUAGUAAUAGCACAUGUCACUAAAUCUGAAUAGUGAACAAUCAUCUCCAUAACUUGUAUUUGUAUACUUUUAUGACUGUAAUUUCAUAACCUUCUCUUGCUGCAUGGCUCAACAGGCUGGCGAGUACAACAUUAGCAUGACGUGUUCAGGGAAAGGCGGAGUGUCCAAACCCAAGAGUGUGACCAUCCAGGUGGCCCAGCCUCUGAGCCCUGAGGCUGCUGAGCUCUUUGUGCCCAGUCUGGUGGUUUGGCCUCCAGGGCACACGGAGGUGACAGUGCAGAUCAGCGGGUCAGACGAGCUGCCAACCAUGGUGCAGGGCGAGCUAGCUUGGGGGGACGACACACUGCCGACCCAGCUUGACCUGCGUCGCCAAACACCACCUCAGGCCAUGGGGGUCGUGAAGCAAAACGCCUCACACUACUACUCCUGGCACGGCACCUUCCAGCUGACCCUCCGCCUCCAAAACCCAGUGUCCCGGAUCAACCUUACACGGGAGGUGAGGGUGGUGGAGAGCAUAUCGGUGGACUACAUCUUGGUGGAGUACUUGUGGCAGGAUGACGCUCCGCCCUGGUCCUCCACAAUGUUCAAGGCCGGCGUGCCCCUCAACCUGACUGCAAUCCUCAAGUCCGGCACUGCUACGACUUAUAACCUGUUUGUGGAUGAGAAGGAACUGACUGAUAGCUCUCCGUCCAUCUUCUACACCUUCCGAUCGGCUGGUGAGUUCCUGGCCAACAUGACGGCUUCAGGCGAGGCCGGAGUGUCCCCGGUGUACACGGCCUCCGUGGUGGUGGUUCAGCCUCUCCAGCCGCACCACCUUAACCUGACACUGCCAGACUUUGUGGUGGUCCCUCCGGGCAACUUAACAGUGCAGAUGGUGCUGACCGCAGAGGAGCCAGAGGAAUUGCCUUCGUAUGUGACGUACUCCAUGAGCUGGGGCGAUGGCAGCAACACCUCCCUUGACAACCUGAUGCUGGAGACAAAGCUCGGAGCCUCGGGGCCGGUGGUCAGGAGCCUUACCCACACCUACGAGGCCUCAGGGGACUUUCUUCUCACCUGGACGGCCCGCAACCCUGUGUCGGAAGCAUCAGUCACUAAGGUGGUGAGAGCCAUUGACCACCUGACUGUUGGCGCCAUCCUUGUUGACUACCUCGUGGAGAGUGAUCGCCCGGUGUGGCCCUCCAGCACCUUCAGGAGUGGCGUGCCCCUCAACUUCACAGCUGUGGUGGUGUUGGGAGAGGUCACCAGCUUCACCUUUUAUGUGGAGGGUCAGGAGAUCACCACCACCAGCCCGUACAUUGACCACACCUUCCAUGUGGCAGGCGAGGUGAUGGUGAACGCAACAGUAGCAGGUGAGGCAGGCGUCUCCCCACCGGCCUCCAUCACCAUCACCCUUGAGCACCCUGUCCUGCCCCAGCACCUCGACUUGUUGCUGAAUAACCUGCCAGUCUAUCCACCAGGUGAUGCCAGUGUGACCCUGACAGUGGUUCACCUGGAAUACCUGCCCACUGGCCUGACGGGUGUGUUCAGCUGGGGUGACGGUAAUGACACAGCUCUUGACCUGACCAGCCAGACUGCCCCCGAGGCCACCAGCCCUGUGGUCAUGAGAAUGGAGCACAACUACACCAGUGCCGGGGAGUACACAGGACAGGUCUCACUGCUAAACUCUGUAUCUCAGGCAAACCUUUCCAUUAUGAUCCUUGUGCUGGACCACCUCACCCUGGACAGCCUGGAGGUGCAGUACGAGGAUGGGAAGCAGGGCGAGGGAGGGGUGUUCAGAGCCGGCUCACCCCUCACCAUCACCGGCGAUAUGGAGACAGGCCUGGCAGACCAAUUCACACUUCUGGUGAAUGGUGAAGAGCUCUCCAGUAGAUCACCAACCUUCACCUAUACUUUCCCGAGGGCUGGAGUGUUCCGGGUGACCAUGAGUGCAUCAGGAGAGGCUGGCCCAUCAAGCCCCACAGAUGCCUGGGUCACAGUCCUGCAGCCCUUGAGGGAGGAGAGUGCCUUCCUGGAGGUGCCUGAGAAGGUCCUCUCUCCCCCUGGGGAAACCAACAUCACCGUCACCCUGAGUGAUGCCGAGGAGCUGCCCACCAACGUGUCCGGCUGGGUCACUUGGGGGGAUGAAAGCCCCCCCGAGGAGGUGGGCUUCCUGGAGAUCACUCCCCCUGGGGCCAAGGGCUCAGUGUCCCACGUCCUGACCCACACCUACCAGGACCCGGCCGACUACCAUGCCACUUGGUACAUUGAGAACAAAGUGUCGCAGCUCAACGUGACCAAGAUGAUCCCUGUGGUGCGGCAGCUGUGGCUCCAGGGUGUGGUGGUUGCCCUGAAUAACACAGACCCAACUGAAGUGAGGCAUGACGGGUUCUUCUUCGUGGGUGACACCAUCAGCCUGGCUCCAGAGCGCGUGUACGGCAACGCCAACCGCUUCAUCCUGACCAUGAGUGGCAUGCAGGAUGUGGUGCAGGACUUGCCCUCUUUUGCUGUAACAUUCGAAAGGGAGAGUGAUUACAACUACAGUGUGAAGGCCGAGGGUCUGGGGGGCAUCUCCAACACACUGCAGGGCUGGGUGAGGGUGAGGAACAAGAUCAAGCCUCCGGAACUCAAUGUCCACCCCGUCUCAAGGGUUGGGGUGCAGACGCCCAUCACUAUAACCUCCUCCUCCACCCUUGGCACCUGUCUCUCCCUUGAUCUUGGGGACGGGCUGCUACUGGGGUGGAGGGCAGGUGGGCAGUGUGAGGGACGUGAGCAGGGCAAGGAGAACUGGAAGGCUGCUCCUUUACCAAACACCCUCACCCUAACACAUCAGUACAUGGAGCCUGGCACAUAUGAGCUUGUUGUCCGCCUCUUCUCUGCCAUCGGGGAGGUGGAGACAAGGAUGAGUGUUACGGUAUAUGGGGCCAUCCCUUGUAACCGCCUCGACCUGUGGGUCCAGAAGAACGGAACGCUUGAGUCUCCCGUGCAGAUGACUCGGGCGGACAAGCUUUGGGUGAGGAGCUUUGCGGAUGUCAAUUGUAGCGUUGCAAAGCUCAGCAUGGAAAUCACGUGGAAAGUGGUGAACCUCAACGACAGCACAGAGGAGGACAUGCCUGACGUCGACACCUCCAAGAGUGUGCUGUACCUGCCCAGCCGCACACUCCAUUACGGCCUCUACCGCACCUCCGUCACCUAUAACAUCUCCAUGAUCAACGCCAAGGGGCUGCUGGUGUGGGUGGUGCUGUACGGGGAGUCUGUGGUGGAGGUGGGGAAGAGCCAGCUGAUGGUGGUGAUAGUAAGAGGAGGCGCCCCGAGGAUCCGCCGCGGCACCCUCAACACACUCAUCCUCCACCCGGGCGAGAUAUCCUUCGACCCAGACUACCCUGAGGUUGCGUUGAUCAACUACUCCUGGUCGUGCCACAUGGUGGGGGAGGAACUGCCAGCCCCGAGCGUGACCUCUGACCCUCCUGAGAGCAGGGAGGCCUAUGGGGGCAAGGCAGACAAGGGGGGCUGCUGGGGGGAGGGGCCCAGCUGGCUCACCAACAAAUCACCAAACUUAACCAUCCUUGUGGAUGUCUUCAGGAGCCCUGACAAGACCUACAGCCUGCAAGUUAUUGCCUUCAGCACCGAUGGGCGGCAGAACCGAGCAGCUGUGGAGGUGGAGGUGGUGGAGGGGGAUCCGCCCACCCUGAUGUCUGGCUGCAACCCUCCCUGGUUCUGCAGACAGAUUGAAGGCGCCCAGCUGGUGAACCCCGCCAAGCUGAUCCUCCAGAGCACCUGUGAAGUCAAGCCUGGCGAGGAGCGUGUGGGGGAGGACGGCUGCGGAGAGAUCCCGCUCCACUACCACUGGCAGGUGUCUGGGGUCCCGCCUGCUGGGGGAGACCCUGAGCCCCUCGACAUCUCCGGGGUGGCUGUGGGAGAGAACAUGCAAAAGCUCGCCCUCCUUGAUGACUUCUGGAUCAAAUUUGGGACACGGUUCCGAAUGUUUGACGUCCAGGUCUCAGCGAGUCGUGCUGGAGAGUCAGGCCAAGGUCUGGCGCUGCAGCGAAUCCAAAUCAACGAGGCACCAAGAGGAGGCUUCUGUACUGCUAGGAUCAAGGAGGAGGAGGAAGAAGAGGAGGAGGAGCAGGAAGGGUUAGAGGAGAGUAGCCAAGACGUCCCCACGCUGGCCGUCACUGCACUCGUUGAGGCUGUCUUCUGCAACUGUACCGGCUGGCAGGACCCUGAAGGCCUGGAGAUUGCCAAGUAUUCCUUCUUUGUUGUGGAUGACAUCGGCACCAAAAUGAUCUUAGCCUUUGGAUCACGAAACACUGGCCGGGUAGUGCUGCCCUUCGCCAACCUCACCCUGUGGGCCGGCGUCAGCGACUCAAUGGGCGCAGAAACACUCUUCCACAUGGCCAACAUUGAGCCCCAACUCCCCACCAAGAGCGCCUUUGAGCAGUACAUGGCAAGGGACGAGCUUGCCAAGGCCCAGAGUGUGGUGGACCAGACCAAGGUGGACAUGCUUCUUCGGGCAGAAAACUCCCUCAAGGGCAUCACACUUCCACUCUAUGACUACGAGGAAAUAGAAGCCAUGAAGGAGGAGGAGCAGGAGGCAGCAGAUGAUGAGGAAGAUGAAAAAGCAGCUGCCAAGAACAAAGACAUGUUGGGGAGUGUAGAUAAGUUUUCAACCACCUCUAUGGACGAAGUUAUUCAGGUAAACAACAUCUUGGGUUCCAUUGCCGACCCUCUCCCGGAUGAGAUGCAGGGUGCAGCAGUGGAUGUCCUUGUGGCCAUCUCAGGACGGGCGGACAAGGAGGCGCCCCUGUCCCAGCAGAAGGACUUCGUGGCGGGUGCGCUGGCCACCACUGUGGGGCUCAUGAAGGGCGUCAAUAAAAAGGCAAAAAGGUCCAAUGCAACUGAUGUCGAUUACCCGGAGAAGGCAAUGAAGGCACUGAAGAGGGCAAAGAGGACGGCAUCCCUCAACGAUACUCUUUAUGACGAGAUGGAGGAGGAAGACUACUCCUACCAACCCUCACUGGAGGACCAGGAGGCUAAUGAACAGGUGUCGAAGAUGCUGAAUGUGGUGGGGGCUACUCAAGGGGCCCUCAUAUCCGCAGCCGUGGUGGGGGAGGAGCCCUCACGGAUUGAUGCUGGGGAGGACGUGAACAUGGCUGUCGGUUUCUUUGACGCAGCUGAGUUGCAGGGCCGGGCAGUGGAGGUGGGUGGGGCUGUGUAUGUGUUCCCCAGUUACUGCGCCGUGCUGGGGGAGCCGGACGACUGCCUCACCAACAAGACCAUCACUAUUGGGGUGCAGAUGACCAAGUGGAAGGGCGCUGUGCAUGGCUACGGGGGAGGCCGGGAGCAGCUCAGCGAUGACUCAGCCACGGUGCAGCUCUCCCUGGUGGACGCUGACUCUCGGCCCAUCCCCGUCAACAACUCCCUCGAGGACUUCAUCAUGUACAUCCCCAGAGCUGCGGACGCCGUGGCUGAGCCGGAUCUCGUAGAGCCCAAGGUGUCUGACAUCAUGGCCCUGAGUCUCCACAGUAUAUAUGUCCCGGCCCCUCGUGUGGCGGUGACGGUGCUGGUGAGGCCGGAGAACGAGACAGAAGGUGAUGACUGGGUGCUGGCCUGGUCACCCUCCUCCCUCAACACCUCUUUUAAUGACACUGAGAAUCUCAUCUAUUUGACCAACCUCACCUACCACCCAGACACUGGUUUCUACGAGCUGUUCCUUGACUCCGACACAAUUGGCGACGUGACCGGCACCUACACUGUGGGGCUCGGACGCUACAACCGCACUCUGGCCGUGCCCCAGGAACACCCUUGCUUUGAGGACCCGCCCCCCGACACCUACCUCCUCAGCUACCACUCAAACUUCACCUCCCGCUACUACUACAGCACCUACAUCUCAUCCUGCCUCUUCUUUGAUAACGAGCGCCUGACGUGGAGCAGCGAUGGAUGCUCGGUCAAAGGCGCCAACACCUCCGUCACAAUCUGCGGCUGCAAUCACCUCACUUCCUUCGGCUCUGGGUUCUUUGUCGGCCCCAACACUAUCGACUUUUCCUACGUCUUUGCCAAUGCUGGAUUUGUUGACAACCUGACAAUUUACCUCACCCUCAUCAUCACUCUGGGCCUGUACUUUGCUGGCCUUAUUUAUGCCAGAAUAAUGGACAAGAAAGACGUGGAGAAGGUUGGUGCGACGCCUCUGAGUGACAACAGCCCCAAUGACCACUACCUCUACGUCCUCAUCGUCCACACCGGCCAGCUGCCCAACUCUGGCACUGAGUCAAAGGUUCAGUUCUUGAUAGCCGGGGACUGGGAUGAAACAGAAGUAAGAACUCUGACUGAUGAGAAGCGUCCACUGCUGAAGAGAGGAGGUGCAGACCACUUUGUGAUGGCCACAGAGAAACCACUCGGACCCCUGCAGUACCUUCGCAUCUGGCACGACAACAGCGGCAAGGGGAAGAAAGCCUCAUGGUUCUUCUCCUACAUGGUGGUGCGAGACAUCCAGACGGGUGAAGAGUUCCAGUUCAUCAACAACGGGUGGCUGGCGGUUGAGGAAGGUGACGGCCAGGUCGACAGGUUGGUGGCCGUGGCAGGCGAGGAGCAGCUGAAGGACUACUCUCACGUGUUUGGCAAGACGGUGGAGAAGAACUUUGCCGAUGACCACCUUUGGUUCAGCAUCUUCCUCCGGCCGCCUCGCUCCAGGUUCACGAGGGUUCAGAGGCUCUCGGCUUGCAUGGCUCUCCUCUACCUCUCCAUGCUGGCCAACGCUAUGUUCUACGAGAAGAUACCCGACGAACCAGGCAGCGGCGGCCUCAGACUCGGCCCCGUCAGCGUGUCUCCUCAAGCCCUCGGCAUCGGCUUCAUCAGCAACCUCAUCGUCUUCCCUCCCUCCUUCUGCAUCGUCUUCUUCUUCAGGAAAUCCCGCCCGAGGAGACCUAAGGAGUCGAGGCUGAAGGUGGCGUUGAGGGCACAGAGCGAGGAAAUGUCAGGUCGUGAUGGCAGUGAGGGCAGGAGUCCACCGCCACCAGAGGAAGGGGACACCGAGAAGGCGAAGGGCGGACCCAAAAUUACUCCUGCGAGGCGGCCGAAGAAGCUGUCCCUGCCCUGGUGGUGCGUGGUGGUGGCCUGGGUGCUGUGCCUCAUCAGCAUCUCCGUGGCCGUCUUCUUCCUCUGGGCUUACGGCGUGCAGUUCGGCAACGAGAAGGCGACCAAGUGGCUGACGGCUCUCCUGUCCUCGAUCUUCUCUUCUAUUCUCUUCACGCAGCCCAUCAAGAUCUACCUGAUGGCCAUGGUACUGUCGUGGAUUUUCAAGAGGCCGCUGGACGAGUUCGAGGACUACGACGACGACGAGGAGGAGUUUGACCUUGAGAGUGACGAGGAGCUGCUGCACGCCCCCCCGACUUCGCAAGCAAUCAGCAGAAGGCGGUCUCAGAUCCAAAUAGGCGCAGGACUGACGGAGGAGGAGUUGACGAAGGCGAAGGAGAAGAGACUAAGCGAGCUGGCGAUGCAGGACUUGCUGGUGGAGGUCCUCGUGUAUAUGAUGUUCCUUCUCAUCAUCCUCUCCAUCAGCCACGGCGAUCGGGACCCCAAUAUCUACUUCAUGAGAGAGAACAUCAAGAACACCUUCGCCCUCGCCUCGCAGAACGACUGUCCGGCGUUUUCAAAGGCCCAGCAGGAACCUCACUUCUGGUGCUGGCUGAAGGAGACCAUGGUGCCUUCCCUCCUCAACGUGACGCUCUACAACGGCGAACAUCGACCCCAAGACAUGUGCGGCACUAUGAUAGACCGGGUCACCUUCCUCCUCGGCCACCCUAUCAUUCGGCAGGCCAGAAUCAAGCCAGGCGACUCCCUCACCCACCCCGCCACGCACCCCAACUCAGAGGAAACUCGAGACUUCGGGAAUUACUGGAACGAGUCUGCCCACGCCGAGUCGAUUUUCCGCUACAGGUCGGCGCUUCAAAUCCACGGCUUCCCUUACGACGGGACUCUAGACACAUACGGCGGCGGAGGUUACCUGGUCGCGCUGAAGGGUCCUCAGGCGAAGGUGAUGAGGACGAUCGCUUCCCUCCAAGAACGUAACUGGGUUGACGAACGGACCAAGGCGCUCUUCGUCGAGUUCUCUUUGUACAACCCGCAGGUGAAUCUGUUUGCGGUCACAAUGUUCGUCUUCGAGUUCAUUCCCGGCGGAGGACUCAUCACUAAGUUCGAGUUCCAAGCUCUGAAGUUGCUCCGGUACCACACUGGCGGCGGGGCCUUCGUUCUGGUCGUGGAGAUCGCCUACAUCCUCUUCUCCCUCUUCUACACACGCCGCGAGUUCAAGGCCAUGAAGAAGCACGGCUGGAAGUACUUCGCCUCGGUGUGGAACAUGAUGGAGGUGUGGGUGCUCGCCUUGUCCUUCACCGCCAUCGUGUUUUACCUCAUGAAGACUUCCCUUACGUAUUACCUGCUCGACAAGUUUAUAGAAUCCAAGGGCAAGAAGUACAUUAAGAUCCAGCCACUUGCCUUCCUGGAUGGGGUUCUGGGGUAUGUGAUCGCAUUCCAAGUCUUCAUAGCAACCCUGAAGCUCCUCAAACUACUAAGGUUCAACAGGAGGAUCGGGAUGCUUUCGGCUACACUUCGAUACGCUUCCGGUGAUAUCAUUGGUUUCGGUCUCAUAUUCAUCGUCACGCUCAUUAGCUUCGUCACCGUCUUCUACCUGAGCGCCAUGACAGCCAUGAAGGACUUCUCUACGUUUGUCAAGGCCGCGGAGUCCAGCUUCUUCCUAAUCAACAAGAAGUUCGACGAGAUCACCGCCGCCUCCCCUGUGCUGGGUCCCGCUUUUUACUUCGUGUUCUCCUUCAUCUUGUACUGGAUCGUGUUCCAGCUGCUCAUCGCCAUCAUCUGCCACGCCUUCGCCAAAGUGAGCCAGGACAUCACGAAGCAGCCCAACGACUACGAGGUGAUCGAGUACAUGUUGACGAAGUUCUCCGCCUACAUCGCCGCCCUGAGACCCAACUCGGUGCAGAAGGUCAAUAUCCCCCCGCCGAAGCCCCCGGAUAUCGAGUCUCAGCUUCGGUACCUCAGCUCCUCCCUGGACAAGGCGAUGGGCGUCCUGGAUUGCAAACUUCAGCCAAAGAAAAAGCCGGAGAAGAAGAAGAGGAAGAAGCGCAUUGUCAAGAGGUGAUUUUGAUUCUUUGACAGUGAUCGGUGAAGGUGUUAAGAGGCGAUUCGAUUCUCUAAAAAUUAUCUGUGCUGUUAUUCAUUUUCUGGUGAUUCUUCUUUUAUGCCUUAGUUGUAAUGAUAGUUUAUUUGUACUCUUGUUUGUCAUGAUAAACAAAGAAGAAGAAGAAGAAGAAGAAAAAGAGGAAGACAAAGAAGAUGAAGAAGAACAAGAACAAGAACAAGAAGAGCAAGAACAUGAGCAGGAAGAACAAGAACAGGAAGAACAAGAACCAGUACAAGAACAAGAACAACAAGAAAGAGAAAUAGGAGAAAGAAUUUGAUCUACCAGAGUUAAGUGUCUAUCCGUGUUUAAUAUAAAAUUUCUACCUACUCUCAGAAUUUUUUACUUUAGAUUUAGUAUGAAAACUCACCACUAACAACCUGACCUUUCGCAUUUGCCAUGAAAACACAUUAUAUUCUCCGUCAGAUUUCCAGCAGUGACCGUGUACCAUUUAGCAGAGAUUCUCACGUAGUAUUUGUCCGUAACGAAAUGAGGUGAUCGCUAAACCCCUGUAAGCAAUCCACAAUAAAUACAUCAGUGCAACAUCCGUCCAA